UUGAUUAUCAAGGUACUUCAUUCGUGGGGAAAGUGUUAAUUUUCUAAUAUUUUUUGCAGGUGAAUUUGACUGGAGGAUACUAUGAUGCUGGUGACAAUAUCAAAUUUGGGUGGCCAAUGGCAUUUUCUGUCUCUUUGUUGAGUUGGGCUGUCACUGAAUAUCAGACUGAGAUCUCUGCCGCCAACCAGCUCGGUCACAUACGCAGCGCAAUUCGAUGGGGAGCAGAAUACUUACUCCGAGCACACACUUCAUCUACCACACUAUAUACUCAGGUUGGAGAUGCAAAUAGAGAUCAUCAAUGUUGGGAGCGUCCUGAAGAUAUGGACACUCCUCGGACACUUUACAAGAUUACGUCUAGUUCUCCAGGAUCCGAGGUGGCAGCAGAGGCUGCUGCUGCCCUUGCUGCUGCAUCAAUUGUUUUUAAAGUGGCUGAUUCCAAAUAUUCUGAUAGGCUGUUACGCCAUUCAAAAUUGCUAUUUGAGUUUGCGGACAAGUUUAGAGGAUCUUAUCAGGGUUCUUGCCCAUUCUACUGCUCUUACUCGGGUUAUCAGGAUGAGUUGCUAUGGGCUGCUGCUUGGCUUUACAAAGCAAGUGGAGAUAACAGCUAUUUGAACUAUGCCGCGAGCAAUGACGGUUGGAGCCAGGCAGUUUCCGAGUUCAGCUGGGAUAACAAAUUCGCCGGAGCUCAAACUUUGCUAGCAAAGGAAUUUUUGAAGGGAAAGACAAAUUUGGCUAAGUAUAAAACUGGUGCUGAUUCAUUUGUAUGUGCAUUGAUGCCAGGAAGUAGCUCUCUUCAGAUUAAGACAACACCUGGUGGGCUGCUUUAUAUUAGAGACAGCAGUAACCUACAAUAUGUUACUAGCUCUUCGAUGAUACUUCUCAUCUACUCCAAGAUACUAAUUUCUGCUGGUGUUCGUGGAGUACAAUGUGGUUCAAAGGAUUUUUCGAUCACUACUAUCAAAGAAAUCCUAGAAUAA